AUGGUUCGCAGGCAGCUGAGAGUGCUGUCCACUCUGGAUGUGGCCAGGACACAGCUCUACCACUUCAUGGCGAUCGUGAUCGCCGGGAUGGGCUUCUUCACCGAUGCCUAUGACUUCUUCUCCAUCUCCCUCGUCAUCGACCUCAUCUCGUACCAGUUCUACGAUGGACAAAUGGGCAGCGGCGUCCAAGCCGCCAUCAGCGGCAUCGCCCUGUGCGGCGCCGUGCCGGGGCAGCUCGUCUUUGGCUGGCUCGGCGACAAGAUGGGCCGCAAGCGCAUCUACGGCGUCACGCUGGUCCUCAUGGUGGUCACCUCCCUCGCCUCCGGCCUCUCCUUGAGCAAGCGCCAGGGCAAGAACGUGGUCACCGUGCUCUGCUUCUUCCGCUUCUGGCUCGGCGUCAGCAUCGGCGGCGAUUACCCGCUCUCGGCGACCAUCAUGUCCGAGUACGCCAACAAGAGGAGGCGCGGCGCCUUCAUCGCGGCUGUCUUCGCCAUGCAGGGUUUUGGCAAUCUUGCAGCGGGGAUCGUAGGGAUGGUGGUGUCGGCCGCUUUUACGAACAGUAAAAAAUCCAACGCUGACUACGUGUGGCGAAUUGUUCUCAUGUUCGGCGCCGUUCCGGCUACCCUCACCUACUACUGGCGCAUGAAGAUGCCGGAGACGGCGCGGUACACUGCCCUAGUCGCCAAGGACGCCAAGAAGGUAGCCUCCGACAUGUCCACCGUCCUCAACAUGCACAUCGUCCCGGAGGACGAAACCGUCGACGAUCUCGCCCGGCAUGACCAGUACGGUCUGUUCUCGGUGGAGUUCCUUCGCCGCCAUGGCGUCCACCUCCUCGGCACCAGCGCGUGCUGGCUCGCUCUCGACAUUACCUUCUACUCGCUCAACCUGUUCAUGAAGGACAUUUUCACCACCAUUGGGCUGCUUAAGCUACACCAGGGCGACGACCCAUUCAAGAGGAUGAUUCAUAUAACUGCACUGCACACGACCCUCGUGCUCUGCUUUUCACUACCAGGGUACUUCUUCUCAGUCGCGUUCGUGGACCGCGUCGGCCGUGUCAGGAUCCAGCUGCUAGGGUUUGCCAUGAUGUCUGCCUUCAUACUCUGCCUCGCAAUCCCUUAUGCUCACUGGACUGAUGAACACAACAAGUACGGCUUCGCUGUCAUGUAUGGCCUGACCAGCUUCUUUGCCAAUUUCGGCCCCAACACCACGACAUUCAUAAUUCCGGCGGAGAUCUUCCCGGCACGACUACGUUCGACAUGCCAUGGCAUAUCUGGGGCAUUCGGUAAGAUCGGCGCCAUUAUUGGUGUGUUUGGCUUCGUCUACGCCCAAAGACAUCGCCACAUCCGAAGCAUGCUGUUCGCGCUCGUUGGGUGCAACCUUGUGGGCCUUGUGUUUACACUGCUCCUGCCGGAGUCCAAGGGGAAGGCACUGGAGGAUAUCACCGGAGAGAUGGAAGAACCACCGCAGCCGGAACUGGAGGCUGCAGCAGUUGCUGCGGCCGACUAUGUACAUGUGGUGCCUGUUUAA